AUGAGCUCUUACAAAAGAAAGGAUUGUUUCAAACACCCGAUGGGUUUUGUGGUAAUAGUUGUCUUUCUGUACCUCUUGAAUUCAACCUACUAUGUUCGUCCAGUCAUGUCGAUAGAUGCACAUGGCAAUCUACUAACCGAGAUAAAGCACGCAACUCUUGCAGAGCCACACCAUUUUGACUUGUCUAGGAGGGACAGAUUUCCUUCUGGAGAAGACCAAGAUAACAUUGUUGCUGGGGUAGCUGUGUGGAGGACACAACCAGGAAAAUACUAUGGUCUCCGAGCUAAAAUAGGUGUCUGGGCUCACCCGAAUCAAAAACAUUCUCAAGAAUCCGGAGCAUCCAUAUCUGUUGGUGGAAAAUUUGGACCCAUGUUGUUAAGCCAAGUUGAAGCCGGGUUUCAUGUUUUUCCUGACCUGUAUAACAACAGUGAUGUUCGCUUCUUUACGUUUUGGACUAGGGAUGGAUAUAGAUCAACAGGAUGCUAUAACCUAAAAUGCAGCGGAUUCAUUCCUGCUAAAGGAGCUGCACUUGUUCCGGGUCAAGCAGUUGGUCCUCCCUCAACAUAUGAUGGAGAAGAUCACCACAUCACAAUUAGCCUACACACGGACCCUAAUACAGGAAACUGGGUAUUAUACCAGGACGACCUAGAGAGGCCUUCUUUCCUAGGGCAUUUUCCUAAAGAUCUUUGCCCGGAGUUGAAUGGUGUUGCACCCCAAGUAUUAUUUGCUGGGUUUGCGACUUAUCCAAGGAAUGACAGAGGGCCGGCAAUGGGCAGCGGGCAUUUUCCCGUGGAAGGUGAAAGAAAAGCAGCAUACUUUAAGAACAUGAAGAUAUUCGACUCAAAUGCUAGUGCUCAUGAUCCUAUUCCAAGCAUCAUGGUCCCUUUGAUGAAUAGGCCAGACUGCUACAAGUUGGGCGACAUUCCUCUUGGAGUAAAGGAUAGUUAUUUGUUCUAUUAUGGUGGGCCUGAAGGUUGUCAUGGUUGAUAACUAACAAAUGCUUUCGGUUGCAAGUCUAUACCUUAUUUUUUGUACUAAUAAAGCAAGGUGUGUUUUGCUAA